CCCCUCCCCUCCCCUCCCCCGGGGGUUGCAGGAACUAAUUCCCCCGUCGGGUCACCCGGGGACCGGGCUGUGGAAAACGUCACGCACCGGGGAUGGCUCGUGGAGCCUUAGGGAUGAACGCGCAGCCCAGCCCGAGUGAGAAACCCACCUGCUAACUCAAAAGCGGGCUUGGCUGGAAACUAGGGCUCCGGGCUCCCUGACACCCCCCGCCUCGCCCUCAGCCAAGCCCCGCCCCUUCCUGGUCGUCCUAGCGACGGCGGCGGCGUCCCAAGAUGGCGGCGUGGCUGCCCGACACGCUGUUCGAAAUUGUGGGACAAGGCCCGGCGCCGAGCAAAGACUAUUACCAGCUGGUGGUCACCCGCUCUCAGUUGAUCUUUAGAUGGUGGAAGAUCUCCCUGAGGAGUGAGUACCGAUCAGCCAAACCUGGAGAGACAAAAGAAACCCACGAAGACUUCCUAGAGAACUCACAUCUUCAAGUUCAAAUUGCUUUAAUAUUUGGUACAAGAAUAUUGGACUAUGUCUUCAACUUGUGUGAAGGCAAAGUUGACUUCCUUGAACGGCUUACGGAUAAAUUGCUGCUGAAGAUCAUUUUUUACCUUGACCUGGAAGACAUUGCCAGGCUUUCUCAAGUUUCACACAGAUUUGCAAAGCUGUGUAGGUCUGAUAUGCUGUGGGAGCUGAUCGUGCAGUCAACCUUCGACACCAUCACCCCCGAAAUGAGGUCCCUGGCGAAGGAUCUAGGCUGGAGACAGAUGUUUUUCACCAACAAGCUCCAGCUGCAGCGGCAGCUCCGCAAGAAGAAGCAGAAACAGGGCCGCCAGGAGGAGCAGUUUUAGGGACACCUGUUCCUGCCAAGGGGACUUGAGGCACAGUACUGCUUCUCGCCGGGAUCCAAGCCUCCCUUUCUCUUCUUAAGAGCAAAUAGGCUUUUGUGAUUCCGGAGGUCAUGGAAAAGCACAGAUUUGCACACAAACGCAAAGUGACCCAGGGCCAACCUUGAGCCACCAUCCAUCACACUCAGGCUAAGUCUGGGCCUGAGAAGGUUACCACCUUCCCCUCCCAUGCCACCCUGCUGGGUAUAAACAAGCAAUAAAGGAUUCUUGGAAGCUU